AUGCCCAGGGCAAGAACAGUUAUUUUGUUAUUUUCAUAUCGAGGUGACCAUGCCGUUCUGUGUGUCAGAAUCAACAACGUGGCAGUAGCUGUGACAAAAGAAGCCAGACUUCACCUGUUCAAAGCGCAGGAAUGGCAGGAGCUACACAACGGUGCCCAGCAACACAGCUGUACAGAGAAGUUCUCUAAAGCUCAGCUGACAAUGACUGUGAACCACACAGAGCAAAAUCUGACAGUGUCCCAGGUUCCUUAUCCGGAAACAUGGUAUGUGUUUUAUGUAGACAAGUUUACCUGCGAGGAGAAUUAUUCUGAAUCCGAGGAUAUUCAAUUUGAAAUGGUCUUACUAAACCCAGAUGCAGAAGGGAAUCCAUUAGAUCACUUUAGCGCAGGGGAAUCUGGUUUACAUGAAUUCUUUUUCCUGCUUGUCCUAGCAUACUUCUUAACUGCCUGCAUAUAUGCACAGUCCCUAUGGCAAACAAUUAAGAAACGUGGACCUAUGCAUACUGUGUUAAAGGUGCUGUCAAUUGCAUUGCUGUUGCAAGCUGGUUCAGCUUUUGCCAACUACCUGCAUUUCUCAAGUUAUUCUAAAGAUGGAAUAGGAACACCUUUUAUGGGAAGUCUGGCAGAAUUGUGUGACAUAAUCUCUCAGAUACAAAUGCUGUAUUUAUUGUUGAGUCUGUGUAUGGGUUGGACAAUAGGCAGAAUGAAGAAAUCUUACAGCAGACCUCUUCAGUGGGAUUCUACUCCAACAUCUACUGGCAUUGCCGUAGCAGUUGUUGUUACACAGGGCUUUUUAUUAAUCUGGGAGCAGUUUGAGGAUACUAAUCACCACAGCUACCAUUCUCACCAUGGCUUAGCAAGUGGACUGCUUAUUGGGCUCAGAGUUUGCCUAGCUUUGUCACUGGCUGCUGGUCUCUACCAGAUCAUCACAGUAGAGAGAAGCACGCUGAAAAGGGAGUUCUAUAUCACCUUUGCCAAAGCCUGCAUUCUCUGGUUUUUGUGCCACCCAUGUCUUGCAACCAUUUCUGUAAUAUUCAGAGAAUAUCAAAGGGAAAAGAUUAUUACUAUAGGCGUUAUCCUCUGUCAGUGCAUCUCCAUGGUUAUCCUCUACAGACUUUUUCUGUCUCAUAGUUUAUAUUGGGAAGUAUCUUCACUGUCAUCAGUAACAUUGCCACUAACAGUAUCCUCUGGACAUAAAAGUCGACAUCACUUCUGAGAUGUUCAGGAAGAAUGUUAUGUAAUGUGCAAUAAUGACCUAAGUACACAGAUUAUUUUUGUCACAGCUGUGAUACAUUGGUUUCUAUGGAAAACUGAAUGAUAAUAUGAGAACUCUUCACUGACCCUCGUCCUGACAAGAUCCCUAGAUUAAUCUGUUCAAGUGUUGUGGAGUGGAAAAAUCCCAAAUCUGCUCCUUUUGAAGACUGUAUCUGUGUAGCACGUGGUGCUGUGCUAUG